UGCAUUUCAGUGUUCCCUCGUACGCGGUUGAGAUCCGUUGUUGCAGCGUGAGUACGUGUGUGUGCUCGAAGGUCCGCGUGAUGGGACCUCACUGUCGCGUCAAAUUCGGCGAGUUCCCUCGGUAGCCGCUUUGAGAUGCAGGCUUUAUCGCCGGGGGAUUGGUGAAAGGUGUGAAAUUGUUAGUCAAGUGUUGGUGACGGUAGGAAGAAGAGAAGGUAUAUAAAGCGAUAAUCAAAAGAAAGUAAAAUAAGUGCGGCAGAGUGAGGUGGCAAAAAAAAGUGUAGGUGAAUUUAAUCGACAUACUUCAUCAUGAUGUGAAAAAAGUAUAAAUAAUUUAUCAGAACUACCUCAAUUUUAUUAAACCAAGCGAGAAAAAAAUAAAUAAAUAAAAAUGUCAAAAUACACAGCUAAUUGCUCAGAAGGGUUGAUGAUACCAUUAUGGUAUCCCGUUGAUGAUCUUUCAUUAACUGACAUCAUAAUACGAGGCACAGUCUAUUUUCUUUUUCUUAUCUAUUUAUUUAUCGGUGUAUCGAUAAUAAGUGAUCGUUUUAUGGCAGCGAUCGAGGUAAUAACAUCGCAAGAAAAAGAACUUGUAGUGAGACGACAAGGUUGUGAACCGCAAAUUAUCGUAGUGAGGGUGUGGAAUGAAACGGUGGCGAAUUUGACCUUGAUGGCUCUAGGCAGUAGUGCACCAGAAAUUCUUUUGUCGAUUAUUGAGAUAUGGGCAAAAGACUUUGAAGCUGGUGAUCUAGGACCUGGUACUAUUGUUGGUUCUGCGGCCUACAAUCUCUUUGUUAUAAUCGCUCUCUGCGUAUUUGUAAUACCCAAAGGCGAGCAUCGUAAGAUUAAGCACCUAAGGGUCUUCUUCGUUACGGCUACAUGGAGUAUAUUCGCCUACGUUUGGCUCUACAUAAUUCUUUCAGUAUCAAGUCCAGGUGUCCUCGAAGUAUGGGAGGGCAUUCUCACAUUUGCAUUCUUCCCUGCUACUGUUAUCACGGCCUAUGUAGCUGAUCGGCGUCUUCUUAUCUACAAAUACUUGCACAAAGGAUAUCGAAUGAAUAAACGUGGAGUUAUAGUCCAAGGAGAAGGUGGAGAUUCAGAGACGGGUGUUGAACUGGAAAUAAAAGAUCAUGAUGGACCACACCUGUUUGUAGAUCGAGUAGGUGAUGAUUGCAGUCAAGAGGCUAAAGAAUUUGAGCAAACAAGACGAGACUACAUAAAUACUCUACGGGAAUUGAGAAAAAAGCACCCAACUUUGCCUUUGGAGCAGCUGGAGGUGAUGGCGCAUGAAGAAGUACUGGGUAAAGGACCAAAGAGCCGCGCCUUUUACCGAGUUUUAGCAACAAGAAAAAUGGUAGGUGCUGGCAAUUUGAGUAGAAAAAUUAGCGAACGAGCUCAAAGUGACUUAAGUGAAGUAAAAGCUGAGCUCCAAAGGGCUGAAGCUGAGUGUGUUGAUAUUGAGCAGAUCAAUUCUCAAAGGGUCUUCUUUGAACCUGCUCAUUAUACUGUCAUGGAAAAUGUUGGAGAGUUUGAAGUCGGUGUCACCAGAGUUGGAGGUGAUAUUAACAAAUCUUGUUCCGUUGAUUACUACACUGAAGAUGGAACAGCUGAAGCUGGCUCUGAUUAUGUCAGUGCCAAGGGCACGUUAACAUUCGAACCUGGAGAGACUAAAAAGACAAUUAAAUUAUCUGUCAUUGAUGAUGAGCUGUUUGAAGAGGACGAACACUUUUAUGUGAGACUAAGCAACGUCACCCAGCCAGCUAUGUUGGUAUCUCCCAGUCUUGCUACGGUGAUGAUUUUAGAUGAUGACCACAGUGGUAUCUUCGGUUUCCCAGAGCGAGAUGUUGAAUUGGUCGAAAGUGUUGGUCAAUAUCCUUUGAGGGUUGUACGAUAUAGUGGAGCUAGAGGACGAGUAAUUCUACCUUACAAAACUGUUGAAGGUACUGCAAAACCUUCCAAGCAGUACAUGCACACUGAAGGGUCACUAACAUUCGAGGACAAUCAGACCGAGAAAGCAAUAAUGCUAACAAUCAUUGAAGAGGAUUCUUAUGAAAAGGAUGCUCUGUUUUAUGUGGAACUCGGUGAACCUCAACUACAGGGAGCUGAGGCAGGACUGGCUGCAGCUGCAGAACUCAAAGCUCCCGAGGACCGUUCAGAAGAAGAAAAAAUGGCUUUGUUGGGUAGACCACGACUAGGAGAGAUUUGUACCGCCCAAAUCAGGAUUAAGGAAUCUAAAGAAUUUAAAAAUACAGUCGAUAAACUUGUCCAGCGAGCCAACGCAUCAAUUAUCCUUGGUACAAGCUCGUGGAAGGAGCAAUUUACGGAAGCACUUACGGUGAGCGGAGGAGAUGAUGAUGAAGAUGAUGAAGCUAACGGCGCAGCUAGAAAUUCGUCUCCAUCAGCUGGAGACUAUCUCAUGCACUCUCUUACAAUCUUUUGGAAGGUUCUAUUCGCCUUUGUUCCGCCUACCAAUAUUGCUGGUGGUUAUCUCUGCUUCGUAGUCAGUAUAUUUGGAAUUGGAAUCGUAACAGCCGUUAUCGGAGAUGUAGCAUCAUAUUUUGGAUGUACUCUUGGCAUCAAGGAUUCAGUUACAGCUGUGGUUUUUGUUGCUCUCGGCACAAGUAUACCUGACACGUUCGCAAGCAAAGUAGCUGCCUGCCAAGACAAGUAUGCAGAUGCUAGUGUCGGAAACGUUACUGGUAGCAACGCAGUCAAUGUCUUCCUUGGCAUCGGCGUCGCGUGGAGCAUCGCUGCCAUUUAUCAUGCCUACCAUGGCAAUGAGUUUAGGGUGGAUCCUGGCAACUUGGCCUUCUCAGUGACCAUCUUUUGUUCUGAAGCCUGCAUUGUGAUUAUGGUUCUGAUGUUUAGACGAUCGAAGGCUAUCGGCGGUGAACUCGGGGGUCCCGUCAGGGCUAAAAUCUGCACAUCAGUAUUUCUCUUUUCACUGUGGCUUUUGUACCUCAUCUUGUCAACCCUCGAGGCCUAUGGAGUAAUCAGCGGCUUCUAAAACCAAUUGCCCUGGUGUGUCAGAAUACGGCCUAUAAAUAAAAUUCAACUUACGUGUAUUCAGACAGACGUAAAGUAAUGCGCCUGAUGCAAUUUGCUUCACGUUUCCUAUUAUAUAUAUCUAUCUUUCUGUUAUGUUUAUCCGUAUUAUUUUCGUCUGGUUCUGAAUUUUACUCAACUGUAUAUUUCCUUGCUUAGAAAAUAUUACGAUGAAAUGCUCUUAACAGUGAAACGAGUACCUCCUCGUUUAUGAUGCCAUGUGGAAAAUACAGAUUCAAUUUGUCCCUUUUUCCAGUCUGAUUUCUCGUGACUUUCUUGAGCAAUAGCAAUGCAAUACUCUCCGAAAUUGCAUUUACCACCGAGCAUCGUAAAUGUAUAAGUAAAGGGCAAAUCUGAAAAAAGAAAGUAAAGAUUUUUGAAUUAUUACAGUUGAAAUUUUAAAUUGUUCGACAGUUUUGCCUUAACAAUAAAAUAUAAUAAAUAGUUAUUGACAAGAGUAAGUAAACAUUUGAAUUUGAA